UUGCAUUUGAACAAAGGUGACGGACGUGUUUUAGAGGUGCUCUGUGUCGGUUUCUUUUGAAAUAUACUAAGUAUACAACAUGAGUUCUGCCGAUAAACAAGGCGAUGUUGCUGUUCAGCGAAAAGAAGAUGGUGUUUCUGAGAAAGACAAAACUCAGAAUGAUAAAAGUGAUUCUCCUCAAAAAAGAUCUGCGGCUGAGUUGAACAGUACUGAAGAAACAAAGCAGAAAAUGCAGAAGGUUGAUCAUAAAAAUGAGAAAGAAAAUGGAGAAUCAGAGGAGAAAUAUGAUGAAGAUGGAGAAGAUGAAGACGAUGUUGUUCCUGAUGAUUAUGAUGAAGGUGAAGAUGGUGAAGGAGAUGGUGAUGAAGAUGGUCCUGAUGAGGAUGAAGAAGAAGAGGAGGAAGCUUAAAAUUCAGUUUUGAACUUUGUUUUUGGGGGGAUAGUUAGCAACCAAAUAAUAUUGGCAUUUUGUUUAUUAUUACUUAAAAAUUUAAUUUUUUUAAAAAUUCAAGUCCUUUUUAUUGUGGACGUCAUCAAAAUUGUUGCAUGUAGCAAUUAAAUGAAAAGAAAGAGUUAGAAGAUGUGACUCCCAUCAAUGUUUUAAAAAGAUGGUAAUAGAUUCUUUUGAUUACAGGUAUAAGUAGCCAUUAUUGCAAUAACUGUUAGUUGUUGAUGUUAAAAUUGCACAAUAUUUUUUGAAGUUAACAUCUCCCAGUUCAUCUCAUCUGUCAUUUGUGUGUGAUGUUUCAAUUCACCAUCAUUUUUCAGAUUGUAUGUGACAGGCAAUGCAGCUUGAAUGAAAUACGCUUGGAUUUUUUUUUAUAUAUGAUGUUUAUCAUCAACUUCAUUUUGCAUUUCCCAGUAACAUGAAGAAAAGUCAUUCUGAUUGGAAUUUAAAUUCUUUUUUUCUUUUUAUGUGAAUCAAGUUGAACUUGAUGCUUAAAAUUAUAAUUUGUGUUUAAACUUAUCUCAUGGGAAAUGUAGCCAUAAUCAUAAUAUUUAAAUGGUUGUGGGUAGCUCUCUUUUUCUUUAUGCUGAUCAUCAUUUUAUGUUCACUUGCACAUACCAUUUUUCUUUCACUUAUCAAUCAUUGUUAUUGUAUAUACUGCUCUAAAUUUCUUCCAUUGCUAAGUGUAAAAGGAAAAGUUUUCUGUAUUUUGAUUCAAGUUGUCGUGUAUUUUGUUCCUAAGCUGUCAAUAAAAGCUCUCAUACAGUC